AUGGUGGCCGCGGUGACUAUUAUCUCUGAGGUUCUGUCUGUCGCCAUGAUCAGUCGAAUUGGUCUGGCGUUCUGCUUGUAUUUCGCUCUGAAGUUCUUAUAUCAAAUUAUCUACUACCGACUUUUCCAUCCCCUCAAGAUAUUUCCAGGGCCUUUCUGGGCAUCCGUGACCCGGCUAUAUAUCACUUUCUACAAUCUGAAAGGGACUGAGCACCUGCAUAUGCUCGACUUGCACCGCAAGUAUGGCCCAGUUGUGAGGAUUACUCCAACUUUGCUCGUGGUCAAUGAUGUCACAAAGCUACCGAUAAUCUAUAAUCGCUACGCCGACAAAUCUAACCAUUAUAUCACCGGUAGCUUUGGAAAGACGGAAAGCGUCUUCAAUAUGCAAGACCAUACACAGCAUGCAAGCUUUCGGAAGGUCAUUGCAGGUCCAUAUAGCUUUUCCAAUGUCAAGAGAAUGGAACCUUUGAUCGACGCCAGGAUCAAUGAUUGGGUUGCAAAACUCAAGGAUAGAUUUGUCCGACAGGGCGAGAAGUUUGACUUUGCACCUUGGGCUGUAUAUGUGGCAUAUGAUAUAAUCUCGGAGAUUGGUUUCGGCGCACCAUUUGGCUUUGUUGAGCAAGAGACCGACGUCGCCGGCCUCAUUCAAGGGUUCCAUGAUGGCUUACCCGCUUUCGGCUUGAUGGCAAGACUACACCCUUUCACGACCUGGAUCAAAACGACCUGGAUCGGUGAAAAGUAUCUCGUGGCCAAACCAGAAGAUCAGACCGGUAUAGGUGUGCUGAUGCGUUUUCGGGACGGCUUAAUCGCCCAAAGACAGAAAGACAUUGCUGCCGGCACUACUGGAGGACGAAUCGAUCUUUUACAGACGUUCUUGGAUGCGCGUGAUGAGAAUGGCAAUCCCAUGGACAUGGAUUGGAUUAAAGCAGAAGUCCUCUUGGUCCUUCUCGCCGGUGCCGACACCACGGGUACUGCAUUUCAAGGGCUUAUGUGCAUGGUCAUGUCGGAUCCUGCGAUCUAUUCUAAGCUUAUGGCGGAAAUUGACGAUGCUACUCGGGCUGGAAAAUUGUCGGCAAUGCCACAAUACGAGGAGGUCAUAAAAUACUGCCCUUAUUACGUUGCCUGCGUCAAAGAAACAAUGCGACUCUGGCCUUCGGCGCCCAACAUCUUCCCACGCAUUGCAGGCAAAGACGGUAUUUGGCUGUACGACAAGUACGCACCGGAGGGCACAGAGGUUACAUGCAAUCCAUACGUUGUGGGUCGUGAUACUAAUAUCUUGGGGGCUGAUGCGGCGAAGUUCAGGCCCGAGAGAUGGCUUGAGGACCAAGAGCGUGCCAAGAUGUUAGACAAAUACUCCAUGGUUUUUGGUUAUGGCGCGAGAGUCUGCCUGGGGCGAGACAUCGCUCUGAUGGAGUUGUACAAAACACCAUUGCAGUUCUUCCGGACUUUUCGACCAGAGAUAGUCGACCAGGAGAACAUGGGAAAAUUUGUGGUCAAAGGAGGAGUAGCUUACUGGACAGAUAUAUGGUUGAAGCUCACAGAGCGUGCACCCGUAGCGUGA